UAUUCUGUGUUUCUUACCCCUAAUGCUGGCAUUUCCAGAUUUGAUUUUUCAAACUCAUAUAUAUGGUUUGAAUUUUACAAUGCUCCAUUGGAAAAAGACGUCUCCUUAAUUUGUGAUGCUAUUCGAGCAUGGCACAUUGUAGGACGUCUUGGAGGAUGCAACGCCAUGAACAUGCAAUUGUCACAGUCUCCAUUUGAAAAACGACCAAGUUAUGAUUAUAUUCAGGGAGCGAAUGUAACACCAACUACAUUUUACAACAUUGGGGAUCUUGAGGUUCAAGACAACUUGGCUCGAAUAUGGGUGGAUAUUGGAACUAAUGAACCACUGAUUCUAGAUGUUUUGAUAAAUGCGUUGACCCAGAUAAGUUCUGACUUUGUUGGAAUCAAGCAACUAGUGUUUGGUGGAGAAGAAUUUGAGAACUGGAAUGAGGAUUUAACAUCAGAGGAUACUGGUUAUGGUGUUCACAAGGUCUAACUAAUUGUCUAGGCAUAGUCAUAUGAAGAGAAAAUCAUGAUAUGUAUCUCUUUUGGUAGGACUGUUCAUGGUUCAAUUCAGGCAGAAAACCGAACUGAACAAUAACCAAAGUUGUAAGCAUGUGUCUAUUAACUCAAAUAGUAAAUCAUUUGACCAAUAACAUUAGCAACAAAUUCCAUGAACAAGCUAUGAGGAGUGAGUAGAUAUAUAGAGGAUGAAAUUAAAUUUUGAAAA